AUGGAGGUGGUGCCGGAGAAUCACCGGAGGACGACGCUGGCGGAGCAGCUUGCUGCGGCGGCGGCCGCCGCCGCCUCUGCGCCGGAGAUCUCCUCCUCCUCUCCCUCCCCUAACCUCCGGGACCUCCUCAAGGUCAGCCAGGACGACCGCCACCAAGACCGGCAACAUUCCGCCGCCCGCCGCAUAUCACUCGGGACAUUCCUCGCCUGCGAGAAGAGGGAGCUCUCGCGCGGCCGGGAAGCGCCUGCUGCCGCCACCAGAACGCUUCUCGACGUCAUCCGGGACGAGGGGGAUUCCGCCGCUGGGGACGGCGGAGAAGCCGCGCCGCCGGCUGCACAGCCGGAACCUCCCCCGUCGGCUGCGGCGCCGGCAGAGCAGCCGCAGCAGAUCAGGGUGUCGUUGAUGGCGUUGCUGGAGCAGGCGGAUAAGCACGGCGGCGGGGCGGCGCUUCUGGAGGAAGGGGAAGAAGAGGAGCGGGAAGUCGGAGGAGGAGGAAGAACGGGAACGAAGUGCUGCGUGUGCAUGGUGAGGGAGAAGGGGGCGGCGUUCAUCCCCUGCGGGCACACCUUCUGCCGGCUCUGCUCCCGGGAGCUCUGGAUCAGCCGCGGCAACUGCCCCCUCUGCAACGGCCUCAUCCUCGAGAUCCUCGACAUCUUCUGA